AUGGAUGCCCUUGAUCCCAAGAAAGCCUCGCUCAAAAGGCGGGCGUCGCUGUCGCUCCUAUUUGGCUCACAGCCACCGACCUUUGCAGCACCACCCGACGACAAACCCACCCGAUAUUACCACUUUGUCGACAGUCCCAGCCCUCCAAAUGCUCAAUCACACUUAAUCAGCCGUCAAUAUAUCUCGCGGGAGCUGGAAUCAGAAAUUAGAUAUGCCUGCUCCUUGCUUGCGCAUCGAAUCGAACAUGGUGUCCCGUCUCGGGGAAACGACCCAGUUAUCCGUCGUGCAGUUCGCGCAGGAUCAGUGGGAAAUAUUAGAACCAAUGCACAUCUCCCAUCGAAGUAUCCUUCGUCUAAGUUCGGACCAGAAGGCGCCGUGACAACUGGAUAUGACUCCGGCGUGGGACUCACCCAACAACCGAGCAUGCAAACCAUGCGAGUUCUCAGCUCUCGCUCUGGCGAUGCGUCAGAUUCCGGAGAUACCAGAGCCAUGUCAGUAUUUAGCAACAGCAACACCAGAACCGGCACUUCCUGUUCCAACACCAGCGCCAUCAACUCCACGGAGGUGUCAUGCACGCAGGCCUCGUCUCACAGCCCCAGGCCGAGCAAACCACGGUCAAUAACGCGCACAAUCAUACCAGACUCCCCGCGGCAACAAAAAAGCGCCACAAAUGCCUUCCUCGCCGAUUUAUCCCCCUGUGAGCCACUACCGUUCAAGGGGAGUAUUCCCGAAAACACCGAAGUUUUCCUCAACCCAACAAGCGCCCAUAUGAAUCUAUCCUCCUCAACCUUAACAACCGAUGCCGCCUCUCCAAGCCUAGGGUUAUCCAGACAUAAUGACUUCACUCAACGACCAACAACUUCCGUAUCCGCAUCCGAAUCCGACACGAAGCGGCCCCAAAGCCGCAGCAUCAUAAUCGACAGCACCGGGCAGGCCCGUCUCCUCACCCCCGACGAGGAAUCCCAGCGUAAUAAGGAUCUUCAAAAAGCUGUGGUGGAACGGAUGACUACUGGAAUGAGGCGACAUAACCCAACCAACGAAACCUCGACGCGGCCGUGCAGACCAAGUACAGCUGGCAACAAUGUUAGCAGUGCUUAUCGGUAUCCGGAGCCGCAGUCUCGACCGCAGACUAGCGCUUCAAAGUUCAGUUUCUCAUGGACGAAUUUUAAGUCUGAUUUUGAUGGGCUGAAGCGGAAGGAUCAGAGUAAGAAAGGAAUGUCUCGCUCAUGUUCUAGAUUGAGGGAGGGGGUUCCAUUGAUCGGCAAGCUGGCUGGUUUCUUUAUGCGGGAGCGGAGUGGCUUAGGGGCUCGGUAG